UCGAGAGGGCUCCCUGAUUGAGCAUGUUGCCGCCAUAUUCCUUCUUCCAAGGCGGAGGCGAUUUGAGAUGAUAGCAAGUGCUACUUAUCAUUCUCCAUUACAUCACGCAACACUUGCCGUUUCGUCAGCAACCGUGGAUGUGAUAUGAAGGAAUACAACGAGUUGGCGACAGCAACUCGCUCAUUCAUCUUGCCGGCCUUGACAAGAUACACUAGUUGACAGGGCCGGCACUAACCACGGUAACACCGACUCCAACCGACCUGCUGGUCCCGUCCUGGCCUGGUGGUCCCGGCAGUCCCGAGGUGGAUCUCGCGACCCUCCGACCACUGCACUGGGUCUUGGCACUUGCCCAAACGGUGAACUGCCAUUUCUGUGAUUCGUUCACUUCGCCGGGAAGCCACGGCCCCCCGGAGUUGGGAGGUUACUGCCGUACCUCAGUCCAGCAACGACUGCCGAGUGGCUUCCACUUCCUACCCGGCUGCCGGUUAUCAUUCAGACCUGCCUGAGGACGGACUGUGGCUGCUUGGAAGGAACUUGCACCUUCCGCUUGCCCACCGGGAGCGUGCUGACCGCGAUUGCCCGGAAAUGGACAUGGCCAUGAGGACUUUCCUCUUUCCUCCCACUCGAAUGCCCUCAAUUGGGCUGUGUAGUUGCUUUCAUGUCGUCACUUCCCUUGACCCAGAAAGAGUUCGCAGGCAGUUGAGGGCAGUCCUGGGCCAUGGACACUGAGUGCUUCCAUCCUCUCUGGUCGUGAUCUCCACUACCUCAUUCAACCCUUCCGCCGUCUCUCUAUGAAGCCAGUCUCAUCAUCGUCAAUGUCGACCAUCCUGUCACUUCUUUGAUGCAGGUACGCACUGGUUGACGUCUGGUCGAGCCCGGAUCAGCCCCCAUUGAACAGCAUACUUGAACUCCUCCAUCCCCCAAACAAAUUCCGCCUUUUUCUCCUCUCUCUCCCAUCAACCCAUUGUCAGCAUAUUUUUGCUACAUUCCUAUUGUUCUUCUAUCUUUUCCUUCUGUCUUGUGCUUGAUGGCUUGUGCCGUCUUUGCUGUUUUCAUAACAGCGGCUUAACUUGUGCCUUGCACCAUCCCUGUACUACACACACAAGCCCCAGAACAUUUUUGCGUCUCGCAAAAUAACUACAGAGUUGACUUCUGCCUGAGCGCUUCAUUCCCGAGCUCAACUGGUUUCGGGCGGGAUGACAUGUGCGUCUUGUGCCAACUCCAUCACCAACGAGAUGAAGAAGCGGGACUGGAUCCAAGACAUCACGGUCAACCUUCUCACCAACAGCGCGAUUGUCGAGUUUACGGGGAGAGAAAACGCCAACAAGCUGGUGGGAGAGAUUGAGGAUCUCGGGUUCGAAGCGACGCUCAACGAGGAGACCUUGGACCUGCCUGACGACGAGACUCGUUCGACGAAAUGACGUCCAUGUCAAACUGACCCAUGGUCAAAGAUUGACUAAGGACGGCUCGUUACACUCGAGAAUCAACCGCGAGGUCUACAAGUCAUUCGACCGAGCCCACCUCUGAUGAAACCAAAUGGCAGUCAGAGAAAAUGAUAAGAGUCCGGCAGGUUUGGGAGCACGACGGACCACAGCAGCUGGGAGAGCUCCACUGAAGGCGUUGUAGCGCGGUCGGUAAGCUGGUUAGUUGCCACUCGCUUGUGAGCCAACAGAGCAAGCAACGGGGGAUAUUACCCCAUCAUCUUCCGACCUACUCUACAGCAACCAUAGGCAGAAUGUGGUGUGAAUGGCAACAACCACCACUCACUUGCAGGCGAGGGUACAGAACCUUGGGGUUGGGAAACAACUUCGCUCAACAAUUUUGGGUUCAUGUGAACUCUCAAGCCCAGUUCACUCACCCCUUUCUUCGCAACCGGCAUAGGCCCGUAGCCUCUGGUCUUUGAUCCCGGCCUUGUGAUUCCUCCCGCCAUGUUACCUGACCGAGGAUAACAAGCUCAUGGUCGAGAAACUGUAUGGAAUCAUCUGGCAGGGUUGCCCGACCAUCUGGGAUGUUGAAAGGGCCAUCCAGUUCUAUGAAUCGCACCUUAGGGGAAAGCUUACCUUCAUGAUGGUGAGACGAAUCGGCAGACGGCUGAAAUGGACAUAGGGAUGGAUGGGGUUGAUGAUUGUUUCGAAGAAGGGAUGGUCUGUGCCAGUGGACAUGAAAGACCAUAUUCAGGAUCAGAGCGAAUGUAUGUCUGGAAGCCGGAAAGGCGAUGGAGACGAGGACCUGGAUGGCGACUUUGGGGACUAUCUAAUGGGCGACUCUGAACCUUGAUGAAUCGGACGACCUGUUCAAGCCAGACGUGGACAUCAGUCCCACCGGUCUGUUAGGUCUGUUCAGUGGCGGUGGUCAAGACAACAAAACGCCACAGCCAUCAUCUAGCGACCGUCAGAAAUGUCGCAUCUACAGCAAAGUUUACCAUGACAACACCCCAUCUCCGUCCUUUCCUGUUGGAUCUCUAAGACCUCUUA